AAAAAAAAAAAAAAAAUGUUACGAAUUAUCACUGUACCUAACAAGCUUGUGAAAAAAGUUUUAACACGUUCUUUUGCGUCUGUCUCGACGCAAACUGUAACCUUGGUUCCUGGUGAUGGUGUGGGACAAGAACUAGCGGAAUCAGUCAAGGCAGUCUUUAAAGCUGCUGAGGUACCCAUCGAAUGGGAGCAAUUUGACUUGUCAGGCCAUGUCUCUGUCAAUGACGACUUGAUGAAGGAAACUUUGGCUUCCCUUCGUCGUAAUAAAGUAGGAUUAAAAGGCAUUCUUUUUACUCCUGUAUCAAGACUUGGUCAUGCUUCUUUUAAUGUUUCCAUGAGAAAGGAUUUAGAUAUCUAUGCCUCUACUUCAUUGAUUAAAAGCUUAGCAGGCGUAAACGGAAGAUUCAAUGAUAUCGAUCUAGCCAUUAUCCGUGAAAACACGGAGGGUGAGUAUUCUGGUUUGGAACAUAGUUCUUAUCCGGGUGUUGUAGAAUCUCUUAAACUGGUAACGAGAUACAAAACUGAGCGCAUUGCUAGAUUUGCAUUUGAUUUUGCUUUGAAAAAUAACCGCAAGAAGGUAACUUGUGUUCAUAAAGCCAACAUCAUGAAAUUGGGCGACGGUCUAUUUUUGCGAACGGUACGCGAGAUUUUCGAAACGGAAUAUGCCAUGUCCGGUAUCACUUUGAAUGAUAUGAUUGUCGAUAAUGCCUCUAUGCAACUUGUUUCUCGUCCUCAGCAAUUCGAUGUAUUGGUUUUGCCUAAUCUUUACGGUAAUAUUCUUUCCAAUGUUGGUGCUGGUUUGGUGGGUGGGCCUGGUAUUAUUGCAGGUUCUAGUGUCGGAAGAGAAUACGCUGUAUUUGAGCCUGGAUGUCGUCACGUAGGUGAAGAUAUUGGAGGAACUAACGCAGCCAAUCCAACUGCUAUGAUUCUCAGCGCCGCCAUGAUGUUGAAACAUCUAAACCUAAACAAACAUGCCAACCGUAUCUCCAAUGCGGUUUACCGUACCAUUGAGGGAGGUCAAUUUAAAACUCGUGAUAUGGGAGGUCAAAACAGUACUACCGAAUUUACAAAGGGUCUUAUUUCAUCCUUGUAAUUUUUUUUUUAUUUUUUAUUUUUUGGGUUCAUCGGUUCUUGGUUCAACCACACGUUUCUCAAGGACUUUAUCGAUUAAAC